AUGGAGACCAUCACCUUUGGGAGCAACGACUACAUCUUCUCGUGCGGCGACAAGGGCGACUUCUUCUACGUGUUGCUCCAGGGCGUCAUCACCAUCACCGACGACGACGACCAGGUCCUGGCGAAAAUCACGCGCCAGGGCGAGUACUUUGGGGAGAUGGCCCUCGUCAGCGAGGCGCCGCGGAACGCGUCGGCGAUCGCGACGGAGUCGUCGACGUGCGCGCGGCUGAGCGCGGCCCAGUUCCGCAGCGCCUUCAUGUACUCGCCCGUCGCCAGC